AUGGAGCGAGACCUCGUGACGAACGAAACUGCGCUCCGCGAGCUGCUGCAACGGGCGGUCGCGGCGCUGGACGACGCCGGGCAGCAGCCCUCGCUGCUCCAGCCUUGCCGCGGCUCCAGCGAGGAAGCCCUGGCGAACCCUCCACCUGUUCUCACUGUACAGAUCGUGCCGAAGUCCGUCGCGGAUCGGAGAUCGGCGUCCACCAUGUGGCGGCUUCGAAGGCGCGCUCGGCGCUCCGGAGGGCAUCCCGUGCUGCAGAACUUUUCGCUGCAGUUGUACCGCGCUCUGUCCCGCGAACGGCUCAACGUCUUCGUCUCGCCAUUCGGCACAGCCGUGGCAUUGGUCACAGCUCUGGCUGGAUCACGAGGAGACACUGCCGAGCAAAUCCUGGCCGCUCUGGGCGCGACGCACGAAGAGGAGCUGCUGCACGAGUUUGGCAUCGUAGGGCGCGUCCUGGAGCCGCUGUCGCCGCUGCACGUGGGCCUGGCCAGCAAGAUGUACCUAUCCACCUCCCUGGAACUGGCGGACUCCUUCAAGGAAGCCAUACACCAAGAGUUUGGCGGACAGGUCAACCUCUCCACCCGGGUGCUCAUGGUGGGCACGUCGUUCAUGCGCUGCCUCUGGCUCGACAAGUUCUCCGAGCUGUACACGGCACCCAUGCCCUUCUUCGCCGACGACGGCAAGCUCAGCGUGCCGACCAUGUGCUCGCGUCGCAUCUGCAACUACUGCCACGUCGAGCGGCUGGCGUGCCGCGUGCUCGAGCUCCCCUGCAUGAUGGAGCACCUGCAGCUGCUCAUCCUGCUUUCGUGCUCGACGAGCACGUCAACAUGGCGCGCUACUCUGGCGGCCGUUGGAAUCCGAGACCUUUUCGACAAGGAGGAGGCCGACCUCACCGGUAUAUCAGACGAGAAGGAGCUCUGCGUGCACGACUUCCUGUGCCGGUCGCGUUUUGAGGUGACCGACGAGGACCCCGUGCGGCUGGACAUCGGCGGCUCGAACUCGCUCAAGCUGGCCGAGCGCACCGAUCUGCCCAGCUUCGAGGUGAAUCGGCCUUUCAUGUUUCUCGUGGUUGAGCGGCAGCGCAAGGCCAUCCUGUACAUCGGCUGCCUGCGAAAUCCCAAUGUGACGUGAGCGUCCGUGUGGUGACGGACGGUGCGGCCGCCGCCGUCCGGUCGUACUUGGUCUGCCGGCCACCGGCCGCCUGG